ACGUCGAUGAGGAAGCUCCAAAAAAUUCAACAAACAAGAUUUUUUUUUCUGGUUUAUGUUCUUCACGCCACAGGAGGAUGCUGUACCCGUCUGUCAGCCUCCCUGCUGCAGCAGAGAGUGUCGAGUAGACGUUACACGUGAUUGGGUCCAAGUGAUUGCGGAAGACGGAUUAUCAGUGAUUGGCACGCGAGGCCGGGUCAGGAUUUAUUUUACGCGCGUGUGUGUAUAAAUGUAUUUUUUAUGAUUUGGCUGUUGAGGCUUUGGACACAUGUUGUUGGCCAGGGUUCGUGCUGUUUGGCUGUAAAAUGGAGAUAGAGAGAGGCACAUGGUCCUGUUAAUGGCCGGCAACAUGGGGGCGUACGGCGGGCCAGUGGCUCAGGUCGGGUGACAUGUGUUAGGUGCAAGCGGCGCGCUUUAUCCACUGGGCAGUGCAAGGGUGACAUGUACAUAUGUAUUUAUAUAACUUCACCCAUCAGCAACAGGUUCAUUCCGUCGGAUAUUAGCAGAGUGCACCCUGUCCGUAUUGAUAUCGUCAUCAAGGAGGACGUUAUAAGUGACCAUACCACACCUUAGAAUCCAGAUUGAAGUUUCAAGGUCCAAGUGAAAAGAUGUUCAUUAUAUCAAGGUCUAUUUCCAUGUCCUUGAAGUUUUAGUGACUGAUAUUGGCGUUAAUGGAAUGCUCACGUGAAGUUUUAUCGACAAAUUUCUAUAACAAUGAUGAGUGACUGAAUUGUGAUUGAAAGUUGUUAUCUAGAACAUACUUUUUAAUUUUGAAACAUUUUCUCGUGCUACACACAGGGUUCGGACACGCGUUGGAUAUUCACACCACUAAGUGGUAUCGACACCCUCCCUGGCUUUUGAAAUGUGCGCCAGCAGAGAUGAAAGGAUGUGGAGAUAAUGUAUGGAACAUCACAGCAAUUGGAGAGAGCGAACCGUCAUCAGAAUGUAAACACGGUCAUAUGAAUACGAGGGAGGAACCUGCUUCGACGUCAACCUCGGAGCAGACGAUCACCACAACAUCUGUUGAGAUUUCCGAGGAAAAUACUGGCGGGAAAACUUGCCGCUCAAAACGUGUCGUCUGCGUGAUCGAGAAAUUGAACAUGGUCUUCCUAGUCUUUUUCGUCUGUUACCUGUCCUGGACCAUUCCUGCUAACUAUGGAUUAUUUACGUCGAAUGGGUCGGGAGUGGACGUCAAUGGAACUAUGGGAAACGCCAAAGGCCAGAAUGAAGAGGCCAAUUCUACAGGAAGGAAACCAGAUGAAAGCUCUACAAACUUCACAGACUUUUAUACGAGAACAGUACAACAAUUCAAUGAUCCUCACACGGGCAGGCAAUAUCCAUUCAAACGUCGACGAAAACAAAAGUUAAAAAAUGGACAAAAGGAUGUUUUAAAUCCAAAUGUAUUGGAUACAGAAAAUAAUGAAAUUUUAGUAGACUCCAAAUCAGAGAGACAUAAAAAUAAAAGAAACAGAAAUAAAAAUAGAAAUACAAAGCGGAGGAAAUCGAGAAGAAAACAGAAGAAAAUUAAUUUUGACAAUGUGUUAGAACCAACUACUAUCCGACAUAUUAUAGAAACAGUAGCGAAAGAAGAGCUCGCAAAGGGAGGUAACUGGAAUACUCAUAAAGGUAAUGGAGCCCCACAGGUGACGUUAAGUGUUGGGGAUAAUAGUGUUAUUGAUAAAACUCAACAUUCCAUAAGGAAAAACAACAAAAAGGGAAAUGGAAGACGGAAGAUACCACCAUCGGGCGGAAAGAAUAGAGGUGAAGGAAAGUGGAGCUGGUCGGAGUGGGGACCAUGUAGCACCACAUGUGGAGUUGGGCAGAAAGAAAGGAACCGGAAAUGUGGCAUGGCAUGUAAAGAAGUGGAGUCGAUGGUGUGUUUCAUGCCAUCUUGUGAGGGUAACGGCAAACAAGAAAGUGGCAAGAAACAUUUCAGUAGUUUCUAUCUGUGGGAGAACGACAAUUUUGUACCGAAGCCUCCUGGCAAAGAUUACAUUGAUCCAGAGGUGGACAACUGUGGGACGUGGAUGGACUGUAACAGAGAAGUGAUCGACGAGUACUUCGAGAAGACAGACCUGCCAUCUUGUCCUUGUACCUACCCUCUCCACCUGUCCUACAAUGAAAAGGUUUGGGACAAGCAGAAGAAACAACACUACCUGUGGCUUGACGCCAGUGGAGCAGACGAGGCUCUGGCCAUUUACAAACCAGCGGCACAAUACUGCAUCCGGUCCAAACUUGUCCCCGGUACAGACACACUUGCGGCGCAGCACUGUUGUUAUGACUCCGCAAACAGGUUAAUCACCAGAGGUAAAAGCGCAGGAACACCAAAUCUCAUCAGCCCCGAGAUCUCACCAGAACUUCACCAAAAAGUAGAUAUCAGUCCAUGGAUCAUAUGUAAAGGAGACUGGACUCGAUACAACGAGAUCAUUCCUCCAAAUAACAUCCAGGAGUGUGAAGAAAAUCCACGAAGCAAGGAAUUCCUGCGGCAGGUCAAACAGGCGAAAAACUUUUGAACCUACUGUGUGUGAUGUGGAUUAAAACGGGUGAAAUAAAGAAUAGACAGCUGAAAACGGGUUGAAAUAGCUGACAUCUGGUUGAAACGAAAAUGAUUUCUCGUGGUCAGUUUAUCAGCAGUGAUAUAAACCAUAGAUAGAAGUUAAGCUGCAGUUUAUCGACUGCUUUCCACUGUGUCGGUAGACAUAGAACUAGAUGACCCCAUGUCGAAAGGGGUAGGUCUCUCAGGGCAGUAGAUAUGAAGUCUACCAAAGGUUGACAUUGACAAUUAAGACAAGUGGUGUGGUGCAGUUUUCAUGAAUCCAAACAUUCUGAACUGAUGUUUGCAUAAGGUAAAACUACCUUGACGUGUAUCCAUUAUUCUCACCAGUUUGACUCAAUUCUACGACAUGAAAGCUGGGGAGAGAAUGACAAUGGUAUAUUGCGUCCAUGCAAUAUUUGUUGUAAAUAUUUUUGUUAAAAAUAACAAUGGCGAUUCAUUCCAUCUGAAAUGUAAAUAUUGUUUAUAUAUACACAUGUAGUAAAACACGGACAUAUUAAUGUUUUAAACAAAAGGAUAAAACUCUUCAGCUGGGAGUUUCUCGUUGCAUCAGCAUUCACAAGUAUUUAUCAAAUACACAAAACAAUUACAAUCAUUCUAUUAUAAUAAUAUACCUCGUAGUAUGUUUCUCUUGAUCAACAAAUACGUAGACUAGUCUAGAUUAGAACUUAAGAAAUUAAUUCCUCUUUAUUGUUGGUUCAAGAACAUUUUUAUUGUAUGUAGUUGAUAACCUCAGCUCUUUUCGGUGCACUGUUACAGCAUUGGUUAGCCUGUCUGUUGAAAAAUAAUCAAACCGGACCAAUUGACAAUCACAAAGUUGACCAUGUUUUGAAUUCGUAGAGUUUUAGUUUUGUGGGAUUUUUAAUAAAUAUUAACAUAACCCGCAAAGAUUAGAUAAUCCCGUAAAGUCUAUAUGGCAAUAACUACAUAAUCCAAUAUUGUUAAAUGUCGCUUCAGGUGAUGUCAAGAAACGAUGUUCCUGUCAGUAGUUUUAAUGCUUUUCUGUUUUGUUCAAAUACGGCAUAGCAGUGACGUAACGCUGUAUAUACAGUUGUCUUUGUUUGGUUUAAUGAUGUACAAAAGACAAAAACAUGAUCACUUUGUUAUUGGAAAUGGCAACUCAUUAGGGCAUAUAUAAUGAGUCUUGUAUAAAAAAAACCACUACAUGUAUUCGUUACUAAGCGACUCGGAGGUCGAUAUUUGUAUGUCUGUUUGACUUUAUGAAUAUUGAUUGGUAACUUUUUGCUGUUUCAGGUUUACAAAUUAUUUUGUAAAUAUACAUUUUUUGUGGUAUGUCGAUGCAUUUCACUUGUGCCAUUUAAUAGUCAUAUUCGCAGUUUCACUGCAACCACGGAAGUAAAGCCAGAUGAACGAUUCAUGUUAUAUAGUACCUAAUUAAACACACGUUUGUUAUCACCAGGUAGGUGAGCGAUACACCGGGCUGUUGUCGGGCACGUGUACUAAAGAAUUUCAUCUAACGCAGGUUUUGAGUUAUCACCAGGCAGGUACAGAAUUGUUAUCAUCAUUUUGAAUACGCCCUAGUGAUAAAGGAUUGAAACGUGUUAUUCGUGAAAAUAAGGGCUUACAGGAACGAAUUCAAGUCAUGUUUAUUUGAUAUAACGUUUUCUUCACAACCUUGAAAGUAAUAGUUUUGAUAUUCUUGAACAAUGUUAUUGAAAGCUUUUAUGUGAUCCAAAUGACAUUCACGUUAUGAUACCUCAAAUACUCGUAUUUCUAUAUUUUUUUCAGUAUCCAUAUUUUGACAUUUAUAUUCUCAUCUGGAUUUCUUAGUUAUAUUUAUCUAACUUUUUACUAUUUGGUAUGGACGUGAAAUUAACAAGUCUGUGAUAGACACACAUUCAAAAUAGAGCACUCAUAUUCCGUAUUGGGAUUCCAACUGAAUCAUUUUCACCCAAACUGGAAAUAUUGAGUAAAAUAUGUACUUUUCGCUCUAAAUGUCUUAUGAAAGAACAAUUAGCCCUGAUGUGGCACUUUAAUGUUCGGAUAUUAUGCUGGAGUAAUUUCAUUAAACACGUUUCUGUUCUCACAAUAUUGAUAUUCCGUCUUUGCAUAUUGCAGAGUUAUCUUCUCUUGGGAGCAGGUAUUGAUUGUUACGUCACUUGUUUGUGAGAGUAACGUCAUCAAUUUUUGAGAAAACGACGCAAUUUUCUCACACAAACCCAUGACGUAACAAUCAAUAUCCGCUCCCAAGAGAAGAUAACUCUGCAAUACGCAAAGACGGAAUACACACAGCUACAUGUAUUCAAGGCUUCAUAUUUAACUUCGGUUUGUUUAGUAUUUAGGUUGCAUUCUAGUAACUAUGUUUCUGUAUCGAACCCAUGACAGUCAACGCAUACGACCCUGUAACUAAUAGCCAUGGAUCCACACGAUCAUGAUGCAGACAACAGACUUGUUUUUCAUCCUGCACAACAAAUAUGUUAUAUUUUAGAUGUUGUUAGAAUUGUUUUAUAUAUAAAUGUUCAGAAAAUGGCAGCGAAACGAAAGAUUAAAAUUAUUG